AUUUUUUUCUUAAUUCUAAAAUUGAGAUUUCAUUUCCUUCAUCAUCUUGUUGUUUUUGUAGGUGCUUUCAAGGAAUUAUGGAAGGAUUAUCAAGCUCAAACAUGCCUACUGUUAUGGACAAUCAAUUUGUUAUGGAUAACCAAAGUUUGCUACAAUUUGUUAUGGACAAUCAAUUUCAAAAUGAAAAUGUGACUAAUGUCUCUUUGCCUAAUAUGUUCAAUGCCAUGCCUACAGUUGAAAAUGGAAUCCCAAAUCCUCAAGGAAAUUAUUCAAUCCUAGAUCGUGAGACUAGAAUACGUUUACAAAAUAGAGGUUACUCUAAAACCUAUCGUGAGAGAAAAAAAUAUCACGUCGAAAAUCUGGAAGACAAACAAAAUACCCUAACUGAAAUAAUAUGUCAAGAAAUUCCAAUAACUAAGGUUUACACAAACUUUGGUUCUGUUAUUAAGACUGAAAUCAGCACAUUGGAAGAAACAUUGUCUCAAGUCAAUUCAAAUGGGGAGGUUCUAAAUGCUGAGAUGAACAUGAUUAUAAAUCAAUUAGAUGAGCUGAGAUUAACCAAAGAGGCAACUGAAGUAGAGUUUGAUAAGAAGAAGAAAUUAGCUGGGAAAUGAAAUGGAGCAACUUAGUGAAGCAAUUUAUAUAUAAAUAUUAUGAUAUAAAAAUAA